GAUAUUCAACUUUCACACGGAUCUAAUUCUUCCGUCUGUCAUUUGUCUUUCAUAUACAAAAUUAUAUCCUGCUUUUCUUGUAAACCGCCUCUCAUAUCUUUCCCCACUUCUGUCUCUCCCUCGCUCUCCCUUUCUCCUUACUCUCUCUCUCUCUCUCUCUGUGCUUCAUUACUCUCCUCUAUCUCUUUUCUUCCAGUUUCUCAUAUCGUCCACAAAGUCAUAGAACCACUUACCCACGCGUCUGUCCGUCCACCUCCACACAUGUGUACACAUAUAUACAGAAACUUUAAAAUAUCGCCUUUUAAGACAUGUGACAUUACCUGUAAAUAUUCAAAACUAAUUGCUAUUUUGUGGACAGAUAAACAAAAGGAAAAUAACACUGAUUAAUUGGAUUAGAACUGUUCAAGUGAACGACAAAGUAAGACAUCUUAUAUCGGUGCUUCUUAUUUCUGUAAAUUACCAUUAUUAUUUACAUAUUAACAUCAGUAAUAAUAUAAUUACUAACAUAAACAGUUAUUUUAUUAAUAAUAAUUAAUUUACGGAAAUUAUCUUGCUUUUUUUAAAAGCCAAGAUUAUAAGAAUAUAACAUAAGACAAUAUAAGAAUAUUACCAAUUUAUUAAUAUUCUUCUUUACUUGAAAAUUCUUGGUUCCUGUGACAGAAAGAGAAACAGAGAGCGAUAUACAUACAGAAGUGUGAGAAAGUGACGAAAUAUUCAAUAACGGAUAAAGAAAAAGAAGGUUCCUAUCAAAGAAAAGAGUUUCUCGGUUAUACCCUAAUCCACAAAAAGUAAAUAAAUAAAGACGACAGAAAGUUUUAUAUUUCAAUAAAACUCUCUAUAUACUUCCGAAACUCUUUUUUCCUGCAACACCAUAUUUUUAUGUCGACCUCUGGUUUCGUUUCUGCAGAUGAGUCGAUAAUGUUGGCCCGCCAAAAUACAUCGUGUAACUUAUGGAAACUAACAGAUUCUCUGAAAUCGGAAUUGUCAGAGACUAAGAGAGAUUUUUCCACGUCGGAUGACCAUGAUGAGAGUUAUCUGUCAGAUGAUCAACAAGAACGUUUUCUCAUGUACUUACAGUGGGUGUGGCAUUGUCGGAAUCACAGUGAUUACACCAAACCUGUAAAAACCAUCCCACAUGAGACAGACAUAAGCAAUGAACUCCUUGAGAAGUCCGCUGCCGGUGAUAUACAAGAAGUGGCUCGUUUACUUCGAGACGGUGUAACAACAGAUGGACAAAACGAAAAUGGUUGGACUGCCUUAAUGUUUGCCGUCAAAAAUGGACAUGAUAAAAUUAUAGAUAUGUUAUUGGAAAAUGGGUGCAGAAGUGAUCUACAGACAAAUGGAGGUCACACUGCUGUUGACAUUGCCAAAAUCUGGAGUAGAAACAGAAUUGCUUCUAUACUGAGUAACGAGAGCUCAUCUCCCAGAUCAUCGAUUUCUAACGAUAGCAACAAACCUCUUAUAGAAAACCCGGAGAAGAAACACGUUUCGUUCAAUGUCUUACAACGCUGCUCAGACAAACGGAAAGAUCUUCUAUGGCUGGAUACCAAGAAGAAGGACGCCGACACUCAAUACCUUUUAUUCUCAGAUCUUCAAAUCUAUGUUUCACCAGAAAAACAAUGUAACGACGAUACACCUCAGAAACAUCAACUAAUCACGGCUAGUUAUAAAGAUAUCGAUUUUUAUUUGAACGAAGGAAAAUCUUUGAACAUCUUUUUAGGAACGGAACCACUUCAAACGAAAAACGGACAAUCAAAGAAAGAACGUGCAUGGUUCGCUGUUGAUGUGUCUUCGAUGGACAAAGAAAAACUUGAGAGUAUCUUACCCAAUGGUUAUUUCAUAUCGCCUUUCCCUGCAUUUUUGAAUUUGAAUGAAUACGAGAGGUCUAUCUUUUCUGAAGCUUGUUCGUUGAUUUUGUGGCACAUGGACCACCAAUUCUGCCCCACCUGCGGUUACCGAACGAUCCCGGAAGACGCCGGACUUAAACGAGGAUGCACGAACGGAAAAUGUUUGAGUCGAUCAGGUUUAUUGAACACGAAUUACCCACGUGUAGACCCGAAUGUUGUAAUUCUUGUCGUCAAUUCUUCCGAAACUCACUGUCUGAUGGGGCUCAAGAAAAAUUUUCCUUCCAAUAUGUUCUUCUGUGUCUCUGGUUAUAUCGAACCUGGUGAAUCAAUUGAAGACGCAUGCACGAGAGAAAUAUUGGAACAAGUGAGUCUCGAUGUUGUGAAAGUUGAAUAUCAUUCAAGCCAACCGUGGCCAUACCCCGUGGUACUCCUGGUCGGGUGCACUGUUCAUGUUUCAACCGAAGUUGUUAAGGUUAACGAAGAAGAACUAAAAGAUGCCUCUUGGUUCCAUUUCUCCGAAGCUGAACUCAUGAUUAAAGGGAAACACGAAGAAGGUUACAAAGUACCAUCUAAACAAACACUAACUUACCAACUUCUAGAUUCCUGGUUGGAAACUCAUAGGGUUGAGUAAAAAAAUCGAUGAUAUGAAAGAAUUUCGAGGAAAAUUUUCAACAAUCAAAAUAAUGCUGUUACCGGUUAAAGAAUGUGAUAUGAAGAAGAGGUAGAAAGAGGAAAGAAAAUUCCAAUAGAUGGAUAUUACACGAAUUUUACUCUUUAAUUCUGAGAGGGUCUGUUUUUAAAGCCGACAGUGAAACACGAAAUGAGAAAUGUGGUUCUUAAUUUACAUACAUAUUUGCAUACAUGCAUGCAUACAUGCAUGCAUACAUACAUGCAUACAUACAUGCAUACAUAUAUGCUACUUGCAUAUAUAAAUACACAUAAUACACACAUACAGAGGCACAGACACACACACACACACAUAUACAAAGAUAUGCGUGUGUGUAUCUAUACGAAUGUAUAAUAUAUAAUAAUCAUAGAUAUAUGCUAUACGUUAUGCAUAUUUAUAUGUCUGCAUAUAUGUAUGUAUGUGUGUGUGUAUGUAUAUCUAUGAGUGUAUAUAUCUUGGCUCGAUACGCGAACAUUCAUAAAAUAAUUGAUACACACUCACACACACACGCUCUCUCUCUCUCUCCAUUCUCUCUCCCUCUCUCACACACACAUAUGGACAUAAGAUUGCAAUUUUAAUUUGUAAUACUCAGCGGACACUAACAUCUGUUAAAUUAGCCCAGAUAAAAGAAAAACGGAAUGUUAAAGGAAGCUUUAUUGUUUUAAACGGAUUUGGUGCACCUUUGGUAUUCAUCACAAGGUUAAUAUGAUUUCUACAGGUUCUGAACAGUUGUUAAUGGAUCGUUGAACCAUUCACCAACUAAAACUUUUAUCACUUUUAUCGGUGUUGGCACAAUGAAGUUCCUCACUUAAUGCAGUAAAAUGCGUCACAAAUCUUCGAUUAUAUUGAGAUCUAGUUAUUAUGGAGGUCAAUCCAGAUGGUUUGCUUUACUUUUGUGCUCUUCGUAUCGGCUUUGGGCGCUUUAUUGUCCUGAAAGAAUGCGCUACGACCAGGGAACAAUGUUUGUAUCAUAGAAUGGACAUGACCAGCCAAAAUACUCUGAUAAUCCUUUGUGUUAACGCUGCCGCAUAGAACAACUAAAAGGUCAAGAAAAUUCUGAUAUAAGGGUACCGAUACCAUUAUAGAGUUACCUUCAUGCUCCAUGGUGGAUGCUAAACAGUCAGAGCUGAAGGUACCUUUGGUUUAUGUUGAAACAUAAACUUACUCUGAAAUGGGAGAUAGGGUAACUGAUGAAUCAUCAGAAAAAGGAAAUUAGUUCUAGAUUUUCUAGAUUCGACGCUUGGACAUUUACUAACAUAACCAAGUGUUCCAACGAUUAUUGGAGUAAAUGUCAAUUUAUAAUCAGAGUAGGGCUCUAGAUUUUGAAGCAUAUAUAUAUAUAUAUGUAUAUAUAUAUAUAUAUAUAUAUAUAUAUAUAUAUAUAUAUAUAUACAUACAUAUAUGCAUAUGUAUGUAAACAAAAAAAAAGACUGCUACUCAGAUCAUAUAUUAUAUGCUACUCAAAUCCUAUAUUACAGGUAGCAUCACAAUUUUAUCCCAUUCUUGAUCACAACUGCCCGACGAACGGGAACGUGAAACUUUGAGUAGCAGUUUUUGUGAUGUUUUCGCAGCUUUAAUAAAAACAUUAUAUAUAUAUAUAUAUAUAUAUAUAUGUAUGCAUGAAUAUAUGUGUGUGUGUGUAUAUGUAUGUAUACUCUCCUUCUUACUAAUUCUGGAACAGAGUCACAUCUGGAGGGCAGCUGAUCCCUGAGAAUGUACAUGGCUUCUUUUUUAUGCCAAAUAACAAUAUCUGGCCAGUUAUGUUUGCACUUGCUAGAAGUGUUGAUGGGAAAUAUUUCUCCAAAAUUCCUUGUAUUGUUGAGUAUGUGUGCGCGCGCAUAUGUGUGUGUUAAUGCUAUUACUCCAAAGGAUACUUCUCCGUAUUCUUACAAAAACAUGAAAGAAAGCACGAAAUGAAACGUACCGUUCCUUUUCUGUCUGGACUAAUUUAACAGAUGUUAAUGUCCGCUGAGUACCGCAAAGCGAAAUUCAAAGAAGCACUCUCCGUUGAAGCAAAACUGUGACAGUAACAAGAACCAUAACAACAAGAACAAUGACAACGGACAAUAUCAAUAACAACAACAACAACAAAUUCAACUACAAUAAUGAUAAUAAUUUAUUUUAUUAACCCCUGGGGCAUACAUGAGGGGGGACAUCGCAAGAACAGAGAAAUAUUUAUUUCCUAAUUUUUGAACUCAAGGGCGAAAAAUGAGGGCGCUUAAUGAUAAAUUACGUAUAAAAUAACGGUGGGGAUAAAAGAAAAACAAGCAUAAGAACACAAUCAUGAAAAACAAUACAAUCAUCAUCAUCAACAACAACAACCACAACAACAAUAACAACAAUAGUGAUUUCAAACUUUGGCACAAGGCCAGCAAUUUUGGGGAGAGGGUAAGUCGCUUGCAUAGACCCUAGUACUCAAUUGGUACUUGUUUUAUCGACUCCGAAAAGAUGAAAGGCAAAGUCGACCUCUGCGGAAUUUGAACUCAGAACGUAAAGACGGACGAAUUGCCGCUAAGCAUUUCGCUCGACGCGCUAGCGAUUCUGCCAGCUUGCAGCCUUAACAACAACAACGACAAUGAUGAUGAUGAUAAUAAUAAUAAUAAUAAUAAUAAUAAUAAUAAUAAUAAUAAUAAUAAUAAUAAUAAUAAUAAUAAUAAUAAUAGUAAUAAUGAUAAUAAUCAUAGUAAUUUAAUGUGUUUAGCAUAAUAUUAUAUAUAUAUAUAUAUUUACAUAUAUAUUAACAAUAAACUUUGAAUGGACACAUGUCACGGAUACUACGGAAUAUACUGUACUCAUCCUAGGAAUACGGACUGUGGUCUUAAGAGUCAUGUGACUUGUGGAAACGCACGUAGUGAUGCAUUAAAUUUUUGUGUAUUCCAUCCAAGGAUUAUUGUUAUUAUUAUUGUAUUUUCCCUAUAUUAUAUCGGUACAACUUGAUGCAACUGUGGCCGGCAUAAUGGAAUAUGAGCUUUAUUUGCAUAUUUAAAACGUUUCCCGUAAACAAAUACAUACAUACAUACAUAUAUAUAUAUAUAUAU